AUGUUCCGCUUCAUACUCUACCUGGCUGCACUCGGCCUGCUCAAAGGUGCUUCUGCCACAAACCAGACAUUUACCAGUUCCGGGGAGAUGGACAUCACCUCCUGCCCCAUCACCUAUUACGGGCAGAAAUAUGACAGAGUCUACGUGAAAUCCAGGGUGAUUUGCGUGUUGAAUGCCGUGUGCUCUGUGACCGGCUCGACGGUCAUCGAUUUUGUUGGCAGAGUUCAGUCCGUCCCGGACCGGUGUGGUUACACUCUGCUGCAGUCCUCAUUGUUCCCGGGCUUGAAGUUGCUGGCGGUUUUCCAGGAAAGACGGCGUAAAGAUGUUUGUUUUUUAGAUCGUUUAAUUGUGCAGCUGGAGGGGGUUCAGAUCUCCAUGGAGCAAAGUGGCCGGGUUCAGCUGGGUGACAAAGUGCUGACACUCAAGAACACAGCUCAGGUGGUCCAUGGUGUGGAGCUCUCCAGGGACCAGACCGGAGUCACUGCCAAGAUAUCAGCCUCCUACGACACCGUUUCUAUUCUAUUUGAUGGCUACACUACAAUUAUCCACAUGACAGGACCAAGAGCAGCAGCCGUGAAUGGUUUAUGUGGCAAUUCCACGAGGUCUUUGAAUGAAGAAAGGGUUACUGGACCCUGGUCUGCGGGCUGUGAGAUGCAGUACAAUGACGCUCCCGACAGCACAAUCAACUGCAACGCCACAACUAAAUGGUGUAAUCUCCUGAAGCGGGCUCCCUUCGCUGCUUGCAACAAGCACAUCAACCCAGAGCCCUUCAUAACCGCCUGCACAAACACGUUGUGCAAAUAUCCUGCAGUGGAUGGUCUCAAGUGCCAGAACCUGGAGGCCUACGCCCGGGCCUGCAGCCGCAACGGCAACGUCAAGAUGGAGAGCUGGAGGGAAACGACCAACUGCCGUGAGCCUGUCUUCUGUAAGGACAGGUUUUGCAGUGCUCACGAGUUCUGUGGCCAGCGCAACGUUGGGGAACACAGCUGUCUCUGUCGGGCCAUUUUUGCCUCCAAGUACAGAUCGACGGGCACUUUCGGCGAGCCAACGGUGUGCCAGCAGAGUUCUACUUCGAUAAGUCUGGCUAAUUGUCUAUUGGAGGACAAGAGCAUCGAUUACUCAGGCUUACACCUCAACGACCAGGCCUGCAAAGGUCAAAUGGACAACCUGACCCACAUGGUGAUGUUCAAGGUCGAUGGCAACAACACUUGUGGCACGGUGGUCAUGGCAAACGACAGUCAAGUUAUUUACAAGAACACCAUCAGUGCACGGAAAACCUCCCACACGGGCCUGAUCCACCGUCACAACGGAAUGGUUAUUGACGUAUCCUGUUUUUACAAUCAACCCGAUGUCAAGACCUACGUCAUCAAAGUCCAACACAGCACUUCGAUCCAGAAGAUUACAUCUGGAGAAUGGAAUUACAACCUGACCAUGACAGCAUACACCGACCCCGACCGCAUGAACGCCAUCCAGUCGAGCAACAACAUAGAAAUGAACCAGAAGAUCUGGGUGGAGCUCAAGACCGACGGGCUGGACGAAAGAAUGGUCCACGUGGUGACUGAUUCCUGCUGGGCAACCGAUCAGCCGUCACCAAAUGGAAGCCUGAGAUAUGACCUCAUCAUCAAAGGCUGCCCUAACCCCACCGACGACACAGUGAAGGUGGAGGGCAAUGGACUGGGAACGUCCAACUUCUUCUCUUUCAACACAUUCCAGUUUUCUGACACGGCUGGUUCCGUCUACUUGCAUUGCCGAUUGGAGCUGUGCGUCAAGCAGGAUGACGCCUGUGUCCCGCUGUGCCACCGCAAUGCUAGAAGGCGCAGAUCUGUCAUGUCCACAUAUAAGGAUGAAAAUCCCACCUUCAUCAGUAUGGCCUGGACUUAUUAG